AUGCCAAAGAUCACAACCGAUGCUCCUAAGUUGCCCUGGAAUUACAUCGCCAAACUUGUCUGCAUAGGUGAUUCUGCUACCGGCAAAUCCAGCCUCACCAUUCGACUUUGCGAAGGUCGGUUUUCUGCCUCACACGAUGUCACCAUCGGCGUCGAAUUCGGAUCACGAAUAGUUCCUGUUGGCCCCCCCGCGAACACCUCGUUAGGAGUUGGUCAACCCAACGGACAACAGUGGCGCGAUGGACUCCCGGAGCAGAAGAAGAUGAAACUAUCAUUAUGGGAUACAGCAGGCCAAGAGACAUACAAGAGCAUAACGAGAAGCUACUUUCGGGGCGCAUCUGGAGCUCUGCUAGUUUUUGACAUUACACGACGCAGCAGCUUUGAAUCCGUCACGGCAUGGCUCAACGACCUCCGACAGAUCGCUGAGGAAGGCAUCGUUGUUAUCCUGGUUGGGAACAAGCUGGACCUGGCUGAACAAAGCACAGAUACUGCAGGUGGAAGCAAACGCGCAGUCAGCCGAGAGGAAGCCGAAGAUUGGUGUCGGCGCGAAAAUGUCGUCAAGUACGUCGAGACCAGCGCGAAAAGUGGUGAAGGCGUAGAAAAAGCGUUUCUCGAGGUGGCCGAGAGGAUAUACCAAAACAUUGAAGCCGGGAAAUAUGACCUGAACGACCGACGGAGCGGAGUCAAAGGGUACGGGGCAGGGGGCGGUCGAGAAAUGCAGGGAACGGCGCCCAAGACGGUCAACCUUACACUGAACGAUGCAGUCAAGAGUGGCCAGGGCAGAAAUUGCUGUUGA